AUGAAUCUGUAAUUUACUUCCGGUUGUCAACCUUGACGAGGAAACUGGCCUUGGCAAAGGUCGACAUUACUGUGAUUAUUCGAUAUUUAGGAACUGACUAUUGCAGAUCAGCAGUUUGAAGGUGUCAGAUAAAAAUCAUUAUGGCUGCUAAACCUCAGACUGACCAUGACAGACGCAAGCAAAUUAGUAUAAGGGGAAUUGCACCCGUGGAAAAUGUUGUAGAUUUGAAGAAAGCAUUCAAUAGGCAUCUCCACUAUACUAUAGUGAAGGAUAGGAAUGUUGCUACACCAAGAGAUUACUAUUUGGCACUUGCACAUACAAUAAGAGACCAUUUAGUUGGACGUUGGAUUCGUACACAGCAACAUUAUUAUGAAAAGGAUCCAAAGAGAGUAUAUUACUUAUCUUUGGAGUUCUACAUGGGACGUACACUAGCCAACACUAUGGUUAAUCUUGGAAUACAAUCCUCAUGUGAUGAAGCAUUAUAUCAGCUAGGACUAGAUAUAGAAGAAUUAGAGGAGAUAGAAGAGGAUGCUGGUCUGGGUAAUGGAGGACUUGGUCGUCUGGCUGCAUGUUUCCUUGAUUCCAUGGCAACACUUGGGCUGGCUGCGUAUGGUUAUGGUAUACGAUAUGAUUAUGGUAUAUUUGCACAGAAAAUAGAAAAUGGUUGGCAGGUAGAAGAACCAGAUGAAUGGUUGAGGUAUGGAAAUCCAUGGGAGAAAGCUAGACCAGAAUAUGUACUUCCUAUCAACUUCUAUGGUAGAGUCGAGGAGACUGGUGGAAAGAAAAGAUGGGUUGAUACUCAGGUUGUAUUUGCUAUGCCAUAUGACAGUCCUAUACCUGGGUAUGGUAACAACACUGUCAACACCAUGAGAUUAUGGUCAGCCAAAGCAUCCAGCAACUUUGAUCUCAAAUUCUUCAACAAUGGAGAGUAUAUCCAGGCUGUAUGUGAUAGAAAUGAAGCAGAAAACAUAUCUAGAGUAUUGUACCCUAAUGAUAAUUUCUUUGAAGGAAAGGAGUUGAGAUUGAAGCAGGAAUAUUUCCUUGUUGCUGCUACUCUACAGGACAUCAUACGUAGAUUUAAGUCUUCCAGAUUUGGUAGCAGAGAUCCUAUCAGAACUUCAUUUGACUCCUUCCCUGAUAAGGUUGCUAUUCAAUUGAAUGAUACCCACCCAUCUUUAGCCAUACCAGAAUUACUAAGGAUAUUAGUUGAUAUUGAAGGUUUACCUUGGGACAAAGCGUGGGAAGUCACUGUCAAAGCCUGUGCUUAUACUAACCAUACAGUCUUACCUGAGGCUCUAGAAAGAUGGCCAGUCCACUUGUUAGAGAAACUUUUACCCAGACAUUUAGAGAUCAUUUAUUAUAUUAACCAUCUGUUCUUACAGGAAGUUGCCAAGAAAUUUCCUGGUGACUAUGACAGAAUGAAGAGAAUGUCCCUUGUUGAAGAAGAUGGAGAGAAAAGGGUCAAUAUGGCUUACAUGGCCAUUGUUGGUUCACAUGCAGUGAAUGGUGUAGCAGCCAUACAUUCUCAAAUCAUUAAAAAUGACACGUUUAGGGAUUUUGCUGAAAUGUUCCCAGAUCGAUUCCAGAAUAAGACCAAUGGGAUCACUCCUAGAAGAUGGUUGUUACUGUGUAACCCAGGAUUAUCUGAUGUAAUUGCAGAGAAAAUUGGAGAAGAAUGGGUGACAAACUUGUUUGCAUUGAAAGGACUGAAGAAAUUUGCAACAGAUGAAACAUUCCUUAGAGCUAUUAUUAAAGUGAAACAGGAAAACAAAAUGAAAUUGGCUGAAUACAUAAAGCAGGAGUUCAACAUUACAGUAAACACCUCAUCCAUAUUUGAUAUCCAAGUUAAGAGAAUCCAUGAGUAUAAACGUCAACUGCUGAAUUGUUUCCAUAUGAUCGUCCUGUACAACAGACUGAAGAAAAAUCCCAGCAUGAAAUUCACUCCUAGAACAAUCAUGAUUGGAGGGAAAGCAGCACCAGGCUACCACAUGGCUAAAUUAAUUAUCAAAUUGAUCAACAAUGUAGGACGUACUGUAAACAAUGAUCCAAUCAUUGGCGAUCGCCUCAAAAUUGUCUACCUUGAAAAUUACCGUGUAUCCCUAGCUGAAAAGAUUAUUCCUGCUGCUGACCUCAGUGAACAGAUAUCUACUGCUGGAACAGAGGCUUCUGGGACAGGAAACAUGAAGUUUCAGUUGAAUGGUGCCCUGACUAUUGGUACUUUAGAUGGUGCUAAUGUGGAGAUGAGGGAGGAGAUGGGAGAUGAGAAUAUCUUCAUCUUUGGAAUGAAUGUUGAUGAAGUUGAGGAAACCAAAAGACAAGGUUACAAUGCCAGAGAUUAUUAUGAGAAGAAUGGUGAAUUGAGACAGUUGCUGGAUCAAAUCAACAAUGGUUAUUUCUCUCCCGAGGAUCCAAACAUGUUCAAAGAUAUCUACAACAACAUCAUGUAUACUGAUAGGUUUAUGUUAUGUAAAGACUUUGAAUCCUACAUUAGUUGCCAGGAUAGAGUUAGUGAAGUGUUCAGGAACCCACUGGAAUGGGCCAAGAUGUGCUUGCUGAACAUAGCAUCCUCAGGAAAAUUCUCAAGUGAUCGUACAAUUUCUGAAUAUGCCAAAGACAUCUGGGGAGUAGAACCAAAUGAUAUUAAACUGCCAGCUCCACACGAGACACCAGAAGAUUUUGGUUUGGAUGUUAAAACAGCUAAAAAAUAAACAAAUCUGUAUUGAUGACAUUCAGAUCUGAUUAUAGACUUCUAAUAUAGAUUAUAAAUCAUUCUAGCGAAAGUGAGAUGUUAAGAUUUUAAGCAAGGGGAUGUCCAUUGUCUAUUUAAUAAGUGCUAUUUUUUUUUGCUUGCCAAUCAAUAUCUUGUGGUUUUGUCAUUUCAAUGAUGUUUGAAUGGCAAAUUUUUUGCAUUAGAAAUAUUCCCCUUUAACAAAAUUAAAGAUUAAUGAUUUGAUGUUAGCUUUUAUUUUGUACUUUUUAUUACAAAUAUUAUGACACUGUAAAAUUGAUAUGAAUGUCUGAUGUGAUGCCAGUAUGACCAUUUGUAUUUAAUGUCUAAUCCCAGUGCUUUCAAUAAGGUAAAGCUGGAGUGACAUAACGAGUUUGUAGGCAGUAACUCUUUUUACAUACCAGAUUAGGUUAAGAUUGGGUAAAACAGUUAAAAUAAAAGUACAGACAAAGAUUUUAUAGUACCUAUUUAUUUUUACCUCUGUGAAAACUUGCAAUCAAAGUUUUUGUUUCAUGGAAAUUGGUUUCAUAUGGUGGUCAUUUUUUAUGUGACUGGAGGUGCAGGAAGGGAAUAUACCCUUAGGUCCAUUGGAAAUACAUACCUCAAAUGAAAAAAUGAAACAGCAUUACUUUAAGAAAACAUGCUUUAUUUUUUAGAUUUAGAUACAAGUUCUGCUCCAAUUGGAUUAACAUUAUCUUAACCCUUUACAUUUAAAGGUUGCAGAAUUUUGUGCUUAUUUGAUAAAACUGUUAAAGUAUAUAAUUUAGUUGAACACUAUUCCAAUAAUCUAGAUAAACACUUUUCCAUUAAAAUGAAACUGAAAGGGUAGGAAGUUUCAUACUUUUGGACUUGUGUCAGGGUUCAUUUAUAGUUGUGUAUCCAUUCGAUGAUAUGCAAAUUAUCCAAAGAAAGUUUGUUGACUGCGGAAGGUUUUUGAAAGUCCCUUUGUUAAACAGUAUCCAACUUGAAAACAUACAAUUAUACAUAUUUAUAUAACUUACUAAUGAAAAGAAUAUCAACAGAAGUUCUGAUUACAUAUUUUUGUCGAGCCUGCGACUUUUGUAGCAGAAAGCUCGACAUAGGGAUAGUGAUCCGGCGGCGGCGGCGGUAGCUAACUUCUUAAAAGCUUUAUAUUUUAGAAGCUAGAAGACCUGGAUGCUUCAUACUUUGUAUAUAGAUGCUUUAUGUUACGAAGUUUCCGUCUGUCAUAUGUCCAUUGUCCUUGACCUCAUUUUCAUGGUUCAGUGACUACUUGAAAAAAAAGUCAAUAUUUUUUGUAAUGUUAAUUUCUUUCUUAUUAUGAGUAAUAGGAUAACUAUAUUUAGUAUGUGCGUACCUUGCAAGGUCCUCAUGCCCGUCAGACAAUUUUCAUUUGUCCUCGACCUCAUUUCAUGGAUCAGUGAACAAGGUUAAGUUUUCGUGGUCAAGUCCGUAUAUCAGAUACAAUAAGCAGUAGGGCUACUAUAUUUGGUAUAUGGAAUGAUUGUAAGGUGUACAUGUCCAACUGGUAGGUGUCAUCUGACCUUGACCUCAUUUUCAUGGUUCAGUGGUCAAAGUUAAGUUUUUGAGUUUUGGUCUUUUUUUCUAAUACUAUAUGCAAUAGGUCAACUAUAUUUAGUAUGUGCGUACCUUGCAAGGUCCUCAUGCCCGUCAGACAAUUUUCAUUUGUUUUCGACCUCAUUUCAUGGAUCAGUGAACAAGGUUAAGUUUUCGUGGUCAAGUCCAUAUAUCAGAUACUAUAAGCAGUAGGGCUACUAUAUUUGGUAUAUGGAAUGAUUGUAAGGUGUACAUGUCCAACUGGUAGGUGUCAUCUGACCUUGACCUCAUUUUCAUGGUUCAGUGGUCAAAGUUAAGUUUUUGAGUUUUGGUCUUUUUUUCUAAUACUAUAUGCAAUAGGUCAACUAUAUUUGGUGUUUGGAAAUAUUUUAUGAUGUACAUGUCAGUCUCGCAGGUUUUAUUUGACCUUGACCUCAUUUCCACGGUUCAUUUCUCAGUGUUUAGUUUUUGUGUUUUGGUCUGUUUUUCUUCAACUAUAAGCAAUAGAUCAACUAUAUUUGUUGUAUGGAAGGAUUGUAAGGUGUAUAUGUCUGUCUGGCAGGUAUCAUCUGACCUUGACCUCAUUUUCAUGGUUCAUUGGUCAAUAUUUAGUUUUCUUGGUUAAACUGUUUCUUAGAAACUAUAAGCAAUAGGUCAACUAUGUUUGGUUUAUUGAAUGAUUGUAAGGUGUACAUGUAUUUCUCGUUUGGUUUAUCUGACCUUGACCUCAUUUUCUUGGAUCAUGUUAAGUUUAUGUGUUACUUGUAGUAAAGCUUUAUAUUUAGGACUAUCAACAUAAAAUCAAUGGUUUGUAAAGAAGGCGAGACAUUUCAGUGUGUGCACUCUUGUUAGUUUAAUAUGGUAUUUUUAGUGUCUGAUAGUCUCUAAACUGUGUUUACAGAAAAUUAAGGAUGUUUUAACAAAUAAAGGAGGAUACUUGAGAUGCAGAACAAAUAUUUUUGUUUUAUAAAGCAUUAUUCAUUUGUGUGAGAAUGUCACUUGUUUAAAGUAUGCUAAACUAGUUAUAUAUUUAUAUAUAUAUAUAUAAUUUUUAUUUUAAUAGUUAGUUUUAUGUUGUUUUUAAGCAUGACUAUCUUUAGAAAUCAAGUUCUUAUCAAAGUGACUAACUGUCAUUUGUACAUUUCGUAGAUUGACUGUUAAGAAAAUAUUUGCAAAUUUAUUUCACCCUUUUUUUUUGUUGAUGUUAAUUGUUUAGAAUGUUGUAAUGAUUUACAUUAAUACCCAUGUAUUUAGUUUUUAUUGCAUAAUUUAAUAGUUUAUUUUUUACCUCAAAGCCACAAAAACCAAUACAGUGUAUGACAAUCUGAUACUUAAAGUUGCUGUUCAGAUUUUUAUCUUCUAGCUUUUCCAAAAAAGUGGGUUUUUUUCAUAAAAAAGAUUCUUGUUUAGUGCAAGAUGUCAUACUUUAAAAUCACACCCUACCUUGUUGAAAAAGUACUACCUAAAUAUAUUUCCAUUGUAUAAUUAGAUGUACUUUCACAAAAUAGUUUUAAUUUAAAAAGACUAUUAAAGAAUGGAAGAAUAUUGAAUUUCAGUCUGAAUUUACAUAGGACAUUGGGGCAACAAGUUUUUUUUUUUAUACAGGAAGGAAACUUUCAAACAAUAUGUUAAUAUUCAUAAAAUCUGUCUUUCAUUGAAGGUUUCAGGCACUUAUUUAACAAUGAUUUUGUUGGACAUUUAUAAAUCAUAAAAGAAAAAUUGUUACCUUUGCUCUACAUUUGUCAGUAGUUUACAAGUUGAACAUUGCAUUCAUUAAUUGUAAACAGUUUCUUUGAUUCCAGUACACUAACUCUCUAAGUAAAUACAAAGUUAAUUUAUGAAAUUUUAUUGAGUAGCAAAAAGGAAAAAAAUCUGCACAUUAAUUUUAAGUCGGAUUUCUCACUUAGCUUUAAUUUUGCUAUUUUUUAUAUUUAUUUUUUUUUAUGUUAAUUUCCUUGUUAACGAGUUCUCAAAUAACAUCAUUUCAUACAUAUACAUUUUGUAAGAACAAAUUAACUUUAAAUAACAUUUUUUGUGAUUUAGAUUGAUUGAUUGAUUUAAAAUUGGUGUUUAACAACACUUUCAGCUCUAUUGACUAUAUUGUGGUUGGAAGAAUGUUGAAACGAAACAUUGUUGCUGAAAAUUUAACUUCUGCAGCAUUAGUAGCAGGGUUUUCUGGAUUAUAACAAAGGAGAAAACCAAACUACCCCUUUGUUUUAUGCUAUUCAGAAAAUAAUGGCAUGCCUUUCAUGUCUGUACUGGUAAAAUGAUUACACAUUAUAACAAUAAUAUGGUUUCAAAUGAAAGUGUUUUAUACAGGUUCUUAACCAGCAAAUAUUAAAAUUGUUGGUAUUUAUUAAACUGUAUUUAUAAUUGUUUUAUUAAAAGUAAUAGAAUGAAGUAGAUUAAAAAAAGAUUUAUUGAUAGAUGUGCAAUAUAUAAAUUUUGUAUGGUCGUUUGUAGUAAUUAUUAAAUCAUUUUAUACACAAGUAUAUAAUAUGGGAAGUGUUUAAUAGUAUUGAAUUUUAGAGUACUUUUACAUACCAGAAUACCAGUUUGUAUGAAAUCCUUAGAUAAAUUUACUAUUACUUAUUGAAAAUGUACCUAAAAUGAUAGAACCAAAGAAUGAUUUGAAUCAGUUAAAAGAGUUCCGAGGAAACAAAAAUAUUGAUACAAAAUAUGACAAUUCUGAUCAAUUUUAAAUAUUUGAAUUCUCAGUCUUUUGAUUUGUUGGUUAAAUUUGUCUUAAAGAAACAUUGGAAAGGAUCAUGGUAAACGGUUACAAUUUGUUUCCAAUUUUUUGUAUAUUUAGACAAUAAGAUAUGACUAAACUAAACUAGAGAAAAUUGUCAUAAGUUUAUAAAAGAUCAUAAAUUGUAAAUCCUACAAAAACUAAGUAGCAGCUAAUGGAUAAGGCAGGAAAUUGUUCAGUCAAUUUUACAAAAGUAGGGGGUCAAUCAAUUCUUUAGCCAAGACUAUGAUAGGAUUGUAUGCUAUAAAUCCUGGAAAGGAUAUCCUUUAGCAUUAAGCAGGAGUUUGUGCUAAAAGUAAAGCUGGAUUCAGUUUUUUUUUUGUGUGAGGAGGGAUACAUGAGGGAUUAUUGAGUUAUAAAUCCUGCAGGCUUGAGUUUUUAUUUAGACAGAGAAGAUUGAGAUCUUGGGCUAUAAAUCCUACAAAAACCAGCUUUAUGCAAGGGUUAUAAAAAUCAGUUCUUGUGCUGGAAAUCCUAUAAAGGCCAGCUUUUAGUUAGAUAAGACAAGUAGGAUGGUGUGCCAUGCUAUAAAUCCUGAUUGUGUGAUAUGACAUCAUUCCUGUCUGCAUUCUCUUUUUACUUUACUGUAGCAUGCUUGAUGUAAAUUUGUAUUCAUAUGUUAGGAUUGUUAUUUUAUUUAAUAUUCUAUUUGUAAAUUUGCAUAAUUGAAACAUGCAAUUAAAAAUAGUGAUACUGUUGA